AUGGUCAGAAAGAAGAAGGUUAUACUGAGAUACAAGUUGGAAUAUAGGUCAGAAUUGAACAUGGCAUACUCAGAUGGGAUAAAUGAAUUGGUUGCUGAGGGAGCAAAGCUAUAUGCUGCUAAGGAAUUUGACGAUGCAUCAGAAAAGUACGCUGAAGCUUGCGAAAACUACAGUAAUGAGCAUGGAGAAGAAGACGCAGAUUUAUUAUUGUUGUAUGGGAAAUCAUUAUUUCAGAGUGCAGUUUUGAAAUCAGAGGUAUUUGGUGGCACUGCUACUAAUGAAGAAAAAGAAGAAAAAGAGGAUGAAAGUAAAGAGAAAGAAGAGCAGGAAGACGAUGGCAAUUUUCAAUUUUGCGAUGAUGCCCCAUUGGCCGAAGAAGAAGACGACGAAAAUAGCGGUGUAGCUGCAGAAGAGGAGGAAGAAGAAAGAGAAUCUGGAAAUGAUGCAGAUAAAGAUGAGGAGGCGCCACAAGAGGAAGAAGAACAGAGUGAUUUUGAAGUUGCAUGGGAGAUCUUGGACUUAACACGUUCAUUGUUUGAAAAAAAGCUUGAAAAUGUACAGAAACAAGGUGAAAACUUGAAGAGUCCGUACUUGUCGAAAGAUAACGAGGAGACCGAUAACGAAUUUAUAAUCUUGACUAAGAAACUUUCAGAAACAUACGAUUUAUUAGGUGAGGUGUCCUUGGAGGCCGAAAACUUCGCCCAGUCUGCCAUUGAUUUGCAGAAUUGUUUGGACUUGAGGCUCAAGCUUUACAAUCCUGAAAACUCGUCAUUGAUCUCUGAAUCACACUAUAAAUUAUCGCUUGCGUUGGAAUUUUGCGUCGACGAUCCAGAGCUGAGGUCGAAGGCUUGUGAACAAAUGAGGCUCGCAAUUGAAUCAGUAAAGGACAGAAAUAGCAAGGAAAAGGAUCCUGCUAAGAGGAAAGACAAUGAUGACUUGGUGCAGGACUUGGAAGUGAGAUACCAGGAAUUGGAAAGAGAUCCAACAGAAGACCUCAAAAAUGAGCAAAUGAAUAUCAUUAAGGGCAUCUUAGGUGCGCCUAGCGACGACGGCGAUGAUAAAUCUCCAGUGGCUAAUCUUGUAAACGACUUAUCAUCGAUUGUGAAAAAGAAGCCUGAGAAACCUGCUGUCAAUGAUUUGACCUCGAUGGUAAAAAAAAGAAAGUCUUCUUCAAAAACUGGCGAGUCUUCAAAGAAAAGUAAGAAAUAA